AUGGAGAGCCUGCUGGAGAACCCGGUGCGCGCCGUGCUCUACCUCAAGGAGCUCACCGCCAUCGUGCAGAACCAGCAGAGCCUCAUCCACACCCAGCGCCAGCGCAUCGACGAGCUGGAGCGGCGGCUGGACGAGCUCAGCGCCGAGAACCGCAGCCUGUGGGAGCGUCAGCGGCUGCCGCAAGCCCAGCCUCCGCCCGGACUCGCGCGCCCGUCCUCGGCCCCGCAGCCCGCGCCCGCGCCGCCGCCGCAGCACCACGGCCAGCCCCCGGCGCGGCCCCAGCCGGGCCCCGGCGGCAGGGCUCGGGCGCCCCAGGCGCCCCACCAGCACCCGGGCACGCUCGGGGCCGUCGCCGACGAGGAGAAGGAGCGUCCCCCGAGUUGCUGCGCUGCCGCCGGAGCCCUCCUGCAGCACAAAUCCCCCGCCGCCCUCGGCAAGGGCGUCCUGAGCAGGAGACCGGAGAAUGAGACCGUGCUGCACCAGUUCUGCUGCCCCGCCGCGGACGCCGAGCAGAAGUGCUCCGACCUGGCCUCCCCAAGUGCUGGCUCCUGCGCCGGUGGGGGCGUGGAGGACUCCAUGGUGGCAACGGCGGUGGUGGCAGCCAGCAGACCCAGUAUCCAUGCCCUGAAGGCACAAGACCCGGAGCUGCAGGAGGAGGAGGAGCAGCCGGGAGCGGGGGGUGCCCCCCCGAGGGCCGGCCCCCCCCGUGUGGCCUCCCCUGGCCGGCAGCAGCCUGCCCUGGCGACCGCGCUCUGCUCCCACACCCCUGCUGCCUCCGAUUACGAACUCUCCCUUGACCUAAAGAAUAAACAGAUUGAAAUGCUAGAGCACAAGUACGGGGGCCACCUGGUGUCCCGGCGCGCCGCGUGCACCAUCCAAACCGCUUUCCGCCAGUACCAGCUCAGCAAGAACUUCGAGAAGAUCCGCAACUCGCUUCUGGAGAGCCGCCUGCCCCGGCGGAUCUCCCUGCGAAAGGCGCGGGCGCCCCCGGCCGAGGGCUCGGCGGCCGAGCAGGCGCCGCCGGAGGGCUGCGGCCUCGCGGGGCUGCCGCUGGUGCGCGCGCCCGCCCUGCCGCCCGGCCUCGCGGGCGCGCUCACCGAGCUGGAGGACUCCUUCGCCGAGCAGGUGCAGUCCCUGGCCAAGUCCAUCGACGACGCCCUCAGCACCUGGAGCCUCAAGACCGUGUGCUCCCUGCAGGGGAGCGGCGCCUACCAGCUGCGCCAGGCCCUGCAGGCGGCGGCGGGGCCGCCCGACCUGGAGGCCGCGACGCCGGAGCCCGAGCGCGCGGGAGAAGUGGCUGGGGCCGCCGGCCUGCCCCAGGGCCACAGCGGCACCCUCAUGAUGGCCUUCCGCGACGUCACGGUGCAGAUCGCCAGCCAGAACAUCUCCGUCUCCUCCUCCGCGGCUCUGUCGCUGGCCAACUGCCUGGGCGCGACGACGGCGCCGGCCUCCGCGGAGCGGGCCGAGGUGCCGGGGCAGGAGGCUCUGCAAGCCCCGGCCGCGGGCCGCGGGGACGCCGAGGCCGAGGCAGAGGCCAGCCGGGCCACCGCGCUGGGGGCCGCAGAGGCGGUGGAGGAGGCCUCAGCCGCCCAGGCAGACGAGGAAGAGGAGGAGGCAGGGAAAGGGGCCGAGGCCAAGGCGGGCAACGACCCAGAGCAGCUGAGCAGCAGCUGCACGGCCACCAAGUCGGCCAAGUCGGGCUCGGAAGAGUCGGCCUCCGCGUCCAAGGAGGCCCUGCAGGCCAUGAUCCUGAGCCUGCCGCGCUACCACUGUGAGAACCCGGCCAGCUGCAGGUCGCCCACGCUCUCCACCGACACCCUGCGCAAGCGGCUCUACCGCAUCGGCCUCAACCUCUUCAACAUAAACCCGGACAAGGGCAUCCAGUUCCUGAUCUCUCGUGGCUUCAUCCCGGACACCCCCAUUGGCGUGGCACACUUCCUCCUCCAGCGGAAGGGCCUCAGCCGCCAGAUGAUCGGAGAGUUCCUGGGCAGCAGCAAGAAGCAGUUCAACCGGGACGUGCUGGACUGCGUGGUGGACGAGAUGGACUUCUCCACCAUGGAGCUGGACGAGGCCCUGCGCAAGUUCCAGGCGCACAUCCGCGUGCAGGGGGAGGCCCAGAAGGUGGAGCGGCUCAUUGAGGCCUUCAGCCAGCGCUACUGCAUGUGCAACCCCGAGGUGGUGCAGCAGUUCCACAACCCUGACACCAUCUUCAUCCUCGCCUUCGCCAUCAUCCUCCUCAACACCGACAUGUACAGCCCCAACAUCAAGCCUGACCGGAAGAUGAUGCUGGAGGACUUUAUCCGAAACCUGCGAGGUGUGGACGAUGGCGCCGACAUCCCCAGGGAGCUGGUGGUAGGCAUCUACGAGAGGGUACAGCAGAAGGAGCUCAAGUCCAACGAGGACCACGUCACGUACGUCACCAAGGUGGAGAAGUCCAUCGUGGGCAUGAAGACAGUGCUGUCCGUGCCCCACCGCCGCCUGGUCUGCUGCAGCCGGCUCUUCGAGGUGACAGACCUGAACAGGCCGCAGAAGCAGGCGGCGCACCAGCGGGAGGUCUUCCUCUUCAACGACCUGCUGGUGAUUCUCAAACUCUGCCCGAAGAAGAAGAGCUCCUCCACGUACACCUUCUGCAAGGCGGUCGGCCUUCUGGGCGCGCAGUUCCACCUCUUUGAGAACGAGUAUUACUCCCACGGCGUCACGCUGGCAGUCCCGCUCUCGGGCUCUGAGAGGAAGCAGGUGCUGCAUUUCUGUGCCCUGGGCUCGGACGAGAUGCAGAAGUUCGUGGAGGACCUGAAGGAGUCCAUCGCCGAGGUGACGGAGCUGGAGCAGAUCCGGAUAGAGUGGGAGCUGGAGAAACAGCAGGGGACAAAGACGCUGUCCUUCAAGCCCGGAGCCCAGGUGGACCCGCAGUCAAAGCAAGGAUCGCCUACAGCCAAGGGCGGAGCUGUGCUCGGGGAGCAGCCGGCGGAGAGCGCGGUGGAGGUGUCAAUUCACAACAGGCUUCAAACGUCCCAGCGCAAGCCCGGGCUGGGGGCCGAGAGCGGAGCGCCGGCACCAUCGCCAGACCUGCAGCCUAGCCCCCCGAGAGAGCAGCCCCCACCGCUGCCGCCGCCGCCCACACCCCCGGGCACCCUGGUGCAGUGCCAGCAAAUUGUGAAGGUCAUUGUCCUGGACAAGCCCUGCUUGGCCCGCAUGGAGCCCCUGCUGAGCCAGGCUCUGUCCUGCUACACCUCGUCCUCCUCCGAGCCCGGCGGCUCCACCCCCCGGGGCGGCCUGGGCUCCCCGGUCAAGGUUGUCCACCAGCCUCCGCUGCCCCCGCCCCCGCCGCCCUACAACCACCCUCACCAGUUCUGCCCCCCAGGGUCCCUGCUGCACCGGCGCCGCUGCUCCAGCGGCUCCAGGAGCCUGGUGUAGCCUCCGCCCCAACCGGGCUGCCACGGGGGCCUGGCCGCCCCUGCCGCUCCCACCCGCUGGCACAAUACAUUCCUGGUCACUGAUCGCCAUAGUUUUGGAAAGAGAACCCCACUCCCUGGCACCUGGGUUUGCUUUGUCCCACCGUCCCCCACCUCAGUUGAGCACCCGCUCCCCAAUCUGGAGACACCACCUCACUCCCCUGGGCCCUGCACAGCCAGACCAGGCGGCCGCCUCUUCCUCUGCCCCCCCGCUGUCCCCCGUGGGGCCGUGGCCUGAAGAACCAGAGCUGAACUGCGGCUUUGAGCCUGUUGGUGCCCAGAGGCCUCAGGCCAGGCCAGGAGCGAGAGGCGGGGGCUCACAGCCCAGGGUGGUGGUCUGUGCCACGCUGAGUGGAGGAGGGUUAGCUCGGGCUCCCUGGGGGGCUUUCUCUGCUGCCCCCGCACGCCCAAGCCCAGUGGUGUCCGGAGGCUGCUCCCUGCUCUCCAGGACGUGGGCUGUCCUUCCCCUCCCCCCAGGGCCUCCUGCUUUCUCAAGAGCUGCCCGGACCCCAGGAAAGGUCGGGAAAGGGAGGAGGGGAGGGAGCACGCUCAGCUCCCCCUGGGCCAGGUCAACAGGGCCGAGGAAACACGGGGUCUUACGUCUGCAAAAUGUACCUUUUUAAAGAAUUUCUUAGUUCCCCAGCCCCAAAUAGCACCCAGCCAACGCCAGGUGCGCAUGGGCACGUGCACGUAAACAGGGCAGGACUGGGUUAACUUCCUCCACUGUGGCAGCAGAAACAGGGAGACGCAGCCACUUGCCCGGCAGAGAUGGGCUCUGGCUGGAGGCAGGGCUCGCUCUGGCAAGACGCCCGCUCUGUGCCCCGCAGGAGGGACUUGGGUGCAGAGUGGGCUGAGAGAAAAGGGGCUCCAGGGGCGCUUGCCUUUCCCCUGCGCCCCUCAGCCUUUAAUGCUUCCCCCUCCUGGAAGGUGCCGGAGCCCCCUCCAGCAGGGGUGACUGAAAGAGUCCCUGGAGCCUCACAAUUGCCAAGGAGAGCCAAGCAGGCCUCCUGACCUCCCAGGACCGAGCAGGCGGGGACAGCUGGCCGCACAGAGCCCAGGCCUGGGGAAGGGUCCCUCCGCAGCCGGGAGAGAGGCAGCCGCGCUCGGGCCCAGCCCCCAGGCCUGUGCGAGGGCUGUGCUGUCCUUCCUGCAGACCCCCGCCCCGGAGCCCACGGUCACAGCCUCCCGAGAGGCGGCGGGGGGGGGGGGCCUGGCCAGGUCUCCGGGGAGCCUGCAGGACCCGGCCAGGAGGACGCGUGGAUCACGCCCUGCUCUCGGAGGGUGCAGGUGGCCCAGUUUCCCGUGUGUGUGUGUGGUCACCCGGAUGUCACUGUGAUGCCACCCAGUGAGUCUAUCUCUGGCAUCUUUGUCAGCUGGUUUCCGCAACUUGCGGCCGGUUUGCCGUCACCCCUGUGGCUCCCCAGCCCGUCUGCUCUGCCUGUCCUUGUCACCCUGGCCCCUCCGCAUCUUCUCUGUAACGGGGAAGCUCCAGCCAGAGCCUGUGGGAGUGCAGCGGCCGACAGACGGGCACACAGACUCAGGCGCCCUGGCGCCCGUGCCCAGGGCAGGGAUGGCCCCAAAGUGGAGGCCCAGGCAGGAGGCGCCAGGGCCUCGGGAGGAAGCGCGGUCGUGGGGACGGAAGGGAUGAACCCUGAAUGAGGGAGCUGAAAAUAGAAGGUUAUGAACAGGAGGCAGGAGUGUGAGGGACGGGAGAACGUGAGUGUGAGUGUGGCUAACUAUAUUUAUGGGGUGUGGGCCGGGGUGCCUGGGACUGUCCCAGCCAGCCCUGUCCCACCAGACGGGACCCCUGCCACCUGCUCAUGUGGCACUUCCAGCUUACAAAGUGCCGUCCUCCCCGCGGCUGGGGGCACAGCAGCCCUGGGCCUUCCCUCCCGCCUCCGUGGCAGCCCCUGCUUUACACACUGGGGCCAGCAGAGGCCCCAGGCCCGGCACCUGGACCGCGGGCCCUCAGCCCCCACUCCCCAGGGCAGAGGCUCAGCCGGGCUGGGGCGCUGACUGCCCGUGGCUCACUCACUCGCAGCACGGGGGGGUCCUGUUGCAGGAAGCAGACAGCCGGUGGGCAGACUGUGGAGCCAGUCCUGGGCUGGGAGGGGCUCUUAACCCCUGAGGGCCAGGACAGGACACAUCUGGCCCUCCUUGCCAUCAGGGGAAGCGGGCACCCAGCCUCCGCAACACCCCUGCCCCUGAUCAGCCCGCCCGCCAAGGUGGGGACCCAGCUCUGUCCCCUCCCAGAGCCCGGCCCUCAGACACCUGGGAGAGCCUCCUGCUGCCUCUCAGAGGGUGGGUGGGAGGCCCCCUGCUUUCCCAAGGCCAGGCGGCGGUGGAGCGCUGACUCAGCCCCUGACCCUGCCACCCCAAGAUGGCCCACACCAUCGAGUUUCUGGGCCUGCCUUUAGGGACCUGGGCCCUCUCCCAAUCUUAUCCAUGUGGCUGCAACUCCAGACUCAGGAGUGGCGGAUGAAACUAGCUUCCCCAGACCCGAAGCGAGGCCCUGCCGCAGCGUGUCCUGGAAGCCCCCUGCCGGCCUGUCUCCAAGGGCACCGUGAACCCACACACGUUCGUGGGGCCUGGGCCCCCACCCCGCCCCGGCUGUCCUCCCGGGGUCUGUGCCGCCCGUGUCCCCAGCCCCGUGCGCUGCUGUACACGCCUUCCUGCUGCACCCUCCCCACCCUUCACCCCCUUGGGGAGAAGCCUCUCCAGGGAAAGGCAGGGUGGCUGCACCCAGCAACUAAUCCAAAUGGCAGAUAUUUUGUAACAAAAUAGCCCAGAGGUAUUUUAUCUGUUCAAUUCAUAGAGUUUUAGAGAUUAUAUUGAAAUAUGUCACUUGA